AUGGCGUGGACGUGGGAGCCAGUCCAAGUGAUGGAUCAUUCAGCAUCCCCGACUGUCAGGACAAGUCAUGAUCUCGUAACUGCGAAAAGUCGAACAACAAGUUCCUUGAGUGACGACGAAGAUUUGUCACGUGACAGUGGCUAUGGGUCCCCAGACAUGUCUGUAGGGGUCUUUUCACUGGAGACACCCGAGACCAGGUCACCAAAAAGGAGUUUUGACCUCACUCAGGUUCGGAGGUCGCUGUUUUCUUUCAAAAGAUCACGCACCGAGUCUGUUGACGACAGUGACGACGACGACCACGUAUGUGGAAAACGACAACGACUCUUCAUCGACGACGACAGUGACGAUGGCGAUGAUGAGGUAUUCCUGACAGAUGUAACUUCAGAUGUUGUGAAGAAGGCCGUAGACAAGAUGGAGAUCGACAGAAGUCUUGUCGGUGACGGAUCGCAGACACACUGUCUCCCAACUGUGCAAGGGAAGCACAAAGACCUCAAGUCAGUAUCACCAUCUACCGUCAGCCUGCUUCUGUCAGGGAAAUACGAUGACACUAUUUCCGGGUACCAGAUUAUUGACUGCCGGUAUCCGUAUGAGUACGAAGGCGGACACAUUGAGGGAGCUCUCAAUCUCUUCACCGAGGCCCUUGUCACGGACUUGGUCAGUAGUCAACGUUGGAGACAGUCAACCGAAAGAACCAUCCUUAUUUUCCACUGUGAAUUUUCCUCUGAGAGGGGACCUAAACUACUUCGCCAUCUAAGAAGCCUAGACCGGAAGUUGAACAGUGACCGCUACCCGUUCCUCUUCUACCCGGAAGUGUAUUUGCUAGAUGGCGGUUACAAGGCGUUCUAUGAACAACACCAGGACCAAUGCCAGCCUCAGACCUACCUUCCCAUGCUGCACCAAGAUUACAGCUCUGUAUUACGUCACUUCCGGUCAACCAAGUCUCACGCAGUACGAGAAAGGAAGAGAGCAUUUCAAAGGCGACAGGUUUUGGAAAUGUCACCCUCUACCUUCACGCUUUGA